AUGCAAUGCGCAUGUGGACCCAUACAACUUGGGAACGAGGGAAGAAGUCGUUCCCUCAUUUAUUGUAAGCCUUCAGUUGGCCAAGAGCGGCGCCAUUCACUAUACAAGAACGUUGGCGUCUCUGUUAGCCGCAUGGCGAGCGCCGACGAAUAUGUUUCUCACCGGCCUCCGCGAGUCUGCGGCUGGCGAUCCCAUAAAACAGCCACGCCCCAUGUUGCAUUGGCAGCUCGACAUUGUCAACAACACGUUGGCGGAAGAGAGGGACCGCGUUGCUUUAAGGCUGGCUUAGGUGACCACCUGUCGCUGGGGCGAAAUCGCACUUCUCAAGAAGAAAUAUCUUGUGGAGCAUCCAUGCAACAAAAGGGCCAUAAUCGUCGACUGGGGGGGCACUCCCCAAAACGCACAAGAACGACCCACACAGAGCGGCACGGCAUGUGGUUACAUGAGGGUGUGGCUCUAAAAGGGUUUGCGCGGUGCUCAAGGACAUGGGCGACGACGAAAAACUUGCGGAAACAACAACCAGCGGCGUGGAAAAUAUCCUCCGCCCAUACGGAAUGA